AUCACGUGGCGCGUCAAUUGGCUUUUCAGGUUUGUUGGAUCUUCACGAGCUAUGUAGAGCCCUCCAGGAGAUGAUUAGAGGUUACAGGUUACAGGCAUUUAGUGGGCUUCCACCAAAUCUGCAGGUCGGUCUCAUCACCUAUAUACCUACCUAUAGACAGACUAUGUCCACCAAUUGGCCUGUGCUCUCUUUUCACUGCACUACCCGUUAUGAACAAUGCACGCUGUGAGCCCCUUAGCCAGCAUCGGUAACGAAGCCUACAUAAGUAAA